CAUAAGAGCGGGCGGCCAUUUUGUGAGAGAAGCAGUCGCUGCUGUAUCCGUGUGGUGCCUCUUGCUCCGGCCCGCUGCCGUCGCUCCGGACUUGCGGUUUGGUUUUUUUUCUCUCUUCUCUCUGCAGAUCCAGUGAGACGUGACCCAGGCGCACCCAGCCGCGGCCUUCUCCCCUGCUCAGCGCCCCGCCACUGAAUCGCAUGUCCACUAUCCAGAACCUCCAAUCCUUCGACCCCUUUGCUGAUGCAACUAAGGGUGACGACUUACUCCCGGCAGGGACUGAGGAUUACAUUCAUAUAAGGAUCCAGCAACGAAACGGCAGGAAGACAUUAACUACUGUUCAGGGAAUUGCAGAUGAUUAUGACAAAAAAAAACUUGUGAAAGCCUUCAAAAAGAAAUUUGCUUGUAAUGGUACUGUGAUUGAGCAUCCUGAGUACGGUGAAGUUAUCCAGCUUCAAGGUGACCAGAGAAAGAACAUUUGCCAAUUCCUCUUAGAGGUUGGCAUUGUCAAGGAGGAGCAGCUGAAAGUUCAUGGUUUUUAAAAUGUGUAUAAUCACAUGAAGAAUUCUGCAGUUUUUGUUCAUACUCACGCUGGCUAAACUGUGAAAUAUGAGUCUUUCCAGUAAAUGGACUUCCCACUUACCUAAGCAUUUAAAGCUUAAUUCACAUUUGCAUGAUUACCGAAAACAUGUGGUGUCUAGACUAGAAACACACAAAAAAAUUGCAGUAAGAUGGUAAUGAAGACUUUUUUGUGAAUUUUAACACAUUUCCAAUGGAAAUGUUUUAGUGCUGAUUGUUGAGUUUAUUACUUUUCACCUGACUUAAAUGUUUUUGUUGUAUUAAAACCAUGUAUGUUGCAGCUUAAAAAUUAAGUCUCUUUGUAUAUUUCUUUGAGUAUUUGGAACACUUAGUCAAGCAACAGUCCUGAUUUAAUGUGAUAAAACAGCUCUGUGGCAAGUUUAGUUUACUGAAUACCAACUAAACUGAGGUCUGCAUAAUGAAGUGUUAGCUAAUUAAAAUCAAACGUAAGAUAAAUUAGGACUUUACAAUCUCUUCUGAGUUGAUGCAUUUGAAUACCAGUUUUAUUAAUACAAUUAUUGAUAAUUUGUACAAUUAAGAACUGCAUCUUCACUCUCUUAAAAUCUAAGAUAAUCAGUAAAUUCUGAAAUACUAGUCUUACAGUCAAGAGGACUUUUGUAAGCAGUCCUGAUUUCUUAGAGAACCUUUGCUGUUGUACUUCAUAUCUAGGUUUUCUAUUACACACUGACAUUAUCUUCAGCACCAAAAAAGUUCUAAAGAAAUGCUCUUCUCUUCCCUUCUCCCAAAGGAAGGGAAAAAGUUUUGAGAUGGCUUCUACCACAUCUAUGCCUUUGGAGUUUAGUUCCUUAUCUAGGAUAGUGGUUAUUUCAGAAAGUGGACUUAGGUAACUUUUCUAUCAAAAAGGUCAUUUUAUUUUGUUUGAAACAAUAUGUUUUUAUUAAGCUGGCCUUCUAGUUUCCGUUAAAGGGACUUCCAUCUCUAGGCUGUAUCUCUUCAUAGAAAAAAAUUAAAUGUUUCCUGUUACUGAA